CUGGCUCUCAAAGCUCCUGGACUGCACACACUGGACUGAGACAGCCGGCUGCACUCCCACCUCCCGCCUUCCCGCGGAUUACAAAUGGUCGUUCAACUCAGCAGCGGGCCGCCCCAGACCUGCAGGAUGUCCGAAGGCAGCCAGCCCAAGGUGGAGGCCAACAUCGUGGUGCUGGGAGCGGAGAAAGUGGGGAAAUCAGCUCUGACAGUUCGAUUCCUCACGCGGCGGUUCAUUGGUGAAUACGGUGACAUUGAGUCUAUCUACACUCACAAUGUGAGGGUCGGAGGCAGAGACGUCUGCUUCAGCAUCUGGGACUCCAUCUGCCCCCAGGCGUCCAAGUUCCAGGCCUGGGUGAGCGAGAAGCAGCUGCGCUGGGCCGACGGCUUCAUCCUCGUCUACAGCAUCUGCGACCGCUCCAGCUUCCACCAGGCACGGCAGCAGCUCCAGCACCUCCGGCAGGUGAAGCGGCGAGGCAGCACCGAGAAGGUGCCCAUCAUCCUGGUGGGCAACAAGCGGGACCUGCAGCACCAGCGGGUGGUCUCCAGUGAGGAGGGCCGGCUCCUGGCCCUCUCCACUGACACCGGCUUCUUCGAGAUCUCGGCUGCCGAGACCUAUCAUGGCGCCCUGGUGGUCUUCCACGAGCUCCUUGACAUGGUGCGGGACUCCCGGAGCACGGGCAGGAAGGGCGUGGGCCUGCGUGGCAUCGUCCGGAGCAUGUCGGCCGUCUUUGGGAGGAGGAGGACGGAGUGAGGGGCUCCCCUCUCAGGAGAAAUGAGCUGGGAGGCCACACUGACAGUUCGGGGGACGACUUCUGUAGGGAGCCCCCCCCUAAAAGACAGGAUGUGGCAUUUGCUAUGUGGUUGCAUGCACUUCUACGAGUCCUGGCAGGGGCAUCAGAAGCACCGACAAAGGGAAACAGGAUUCCCCUCUGCAUGCCACCGACUCAGCCCUUCCAAGUGGCCUGGGAUGGUUAAGAAUCCACCUCCCUAAAUUUACCCGCAUGGGCAGUUUCCAAGGGAGAAGCUAUUUUCCCCCAUCCUAAAAAUGGAUGCUGUUCAAGGGCCCUGGCGCUCCACCCCAGAGGUGGCUGCAUGUCAGGGAACUAGAGGGCUUGGUGGGGGAUGACUGCAUCUUGCGGCUGGGUGCUCUCUCCGGACACCUGUGCCCCAUGGGACUGCGGGCACCUGUGCAAAGUGGACACAUGGGAGGAGCCCUGAUCCUGAACUGAAGCUGAAAGCUUGGCAAGAACCAAAAGCUCAAUGUUUACAGCCUUUGGAGGCACCCGUGUUUGGACGCCCUAAAGUCCUGGGUGCUAGAGAAAUGAGUAGCAAUGUUGGGCAGUAAAUCACGGGGUGUGCUGGGCACGUCGGGCCAGCACAACCCAGUUAAGGGCAUUUUAUUUUCCCUCUGUGUUUCUAAGUUUCUUUUCCUUCUGAAAGGCACGAGGCCGGUUUUUGACCUCUCGUAGCCUGGGAUCAACUCAUGGAAUUGUGGUCUUGGCUCUAGCGAAGCCAAAAUCUGAAUCCAGCCCCAUUAGUCCCAUGGAGCCACUGGUCAGCUACAAAGAGCAUGAAUCCAGAGUCACUUCAGAUAGGAGUGACCCUGCCUUUCCAGCCUUGUAAUCGAGAGCUGGCUCCAGCCCCUUUACUGUGCCUUGGAAGCGAUGGCAGUUGCAUUUUCCCUGCGUGCAGCAAAGCCAAGGGACCGCAGCAAGGAUCAGGACCCCUAGCUACGGCUCCCACCUCCGCCACUCACUCACUCACUAGGUGGCCUUAGCAUGUUGCUUUCCCCUCCUCGUUCCUCAGUUUCCCCAUCUGGGAAGCAGAAACCAGAACACCUACCUCACAGCCUGGGGCUUGGAAGGUUCAAUUAGUUGCCAAGUGCUUGAAAGGUGUCCCACAGCGACAAAGCACUAUUCAUUUCUCGGUAAGAACCAAAAAGCACUCCUUAGACUAUUAAAAACACUGAGUGGGCUGCCUCUGUUUCAUAAUUUAAGCCUGGAACAUUUUGAACCCCAUCUGACCCAGGGUGGGCAGAAGGAUUUAUUGUCUCCAGCAGCUGGCACAUACAUUCUCCCAAAUUAAAAUGUGAACUGCUGUCCCUUUGUGAGUAUGUGAGAUAUAUAAUUUAUUGAGAAUUUUCUUUAUCAGAGUGAAUGCUGUUUACAUCCAGAAGUUCUUCAUUUUUUUUGGUGAAAAUAUUCAACUUGCACAUUAUAAACUGUAAAUGAUUGUGGGGAGGGGGAAGGGAAAAGUGCUAUUUUUUGGAUGAGCAAUAAACGUUUCUAUGUUACAAAAGAGA